AAUAGCUGCUGUGUCAGGAUUGUUUUGGAUGCAGCGUUUCUGUUAUUUAUGCCAAAAGAGAGGACCAAUUUCUCUAAUUUGGUGGAGGUGGUGGCCUUAUCCAUUAGCGUUUUAGCAUGUGCUAAUGUCGCUCCUGGGUAGCUGUCAAUUUGUAAGUUGGUGCUUUCAAAUGGAGGCAUUUUGGCCAAGUUAGAGUCUCCAAUAAAGGCCCACUCUUUGCCAAUGCUGAGGCCCCAAUCCUGUAUUUUGUUCUGUGUGUUAAUGUGUUUUGUAGGUCUCCUGGUGUUGGGCAUAGGCACUGGGGUCGGCGCUGUCGGUCUAGGCCGCAGCGUGAGUCUGCUCUGGGUUGCUCUUCUAAGGCUCCUGACUUUAACCGGAGUGGACUGAGCGGUGGAGGCCUCAAACGGGCCUUUAUGGGGCUCUCCCAGAUCCCCGUCACCCGAGAGGCAGGUGAUGGAGUCUGGGCUGUGGACCACACACGGGUUUAAAGGAGCAACUGUCGGUGCCAGAGCGGCUGUUAGCGCUGGAGAGACUGCUGGCACUGGAGCGGCCAACUGCCCCGGAGCAGCCGCUGGCGCUGGAGCGGCAAGCUGUACCGGAGCAGCCUCCGGCACCGGAGCGUCCAGCUGCAAGGGAGGAGUCGCCGGAGCGGCCAGCUGCACAGGAGCAGCAACCACCGCGGGAGCAGCCAUCGUCGCCGGAGGAGGAUUUUCGGGUGGCGGAGCUGUGGCAGGGGGUGGUGGCGGGCAGUCAGGCUUUCCCCCAUCCGUGUCUGGGUCGAGCUGCACGACCAUGAGGGCCUCCACCUGCUCCAGAGUCUCAGCCUGGAGUCUCCUACCCAGGCCACAUUCCCGUAUCCGCCGUUGGUUGGGCUGGUUGGAUGGCCAUUCCCAUCCAGGUCACCAUCCUAUCAAAGAAUCUGGGAGCCUGCCGAUCUCCCCCGAUCUCCGCACCAACGCCAAGUGA